AUAAACAAACACUUGAAUUAUAUGUAUUUCGUAGUAUUUAUUAUUUACAUUUAUACAAAUAUUGUUAAAAACAUAUUUUGGUUCAUAUUAUAAUUAUAGUUACCCAAAAAAACAAUACUUUAGUCUAAUGUGGAAAGAAUUACAAAAAUCGCCAUCAUUUUUCUUAUUGUUUAAAAAAGAAUGUAGAUAUCAUAUUAUAAUUACAGAUUAUAUCAAAAUAUGGGAAAUUUAUUACUCAGAAGAUACUUUUCUUAAAUGCCUGAAGGAAUGUAAUUUAGGCUUAGAAAUUAAUACACUGGAGCUCACUGAAAAUGGAACCCAAAUGCUUCUAAAUCCUGCAGAAUGUAAGAGUUUAAAUAUAUCACAUAAUGAGUCAUUACUUAUUGUGUCUAUGACUAGGUUUUACGGUUACCCUUUACACCUAAGAAUUGAGCUAAAUGAAGGAUCUCAUGAGUUGUUUUUCCAAGAAGUUACUCAACAACUGCUGAAAACAGUAAAAGACUUAAAAUGUAGUGAAACAAAAUUACGUAAACUGCUUACAAAGAAAGAUGAAGAAAUUGAAGAAUACAAAUCAUUAGGAGGCAAGAUACGAUAUACUGCACUUCCUCCUUAUGAUGAUGAAACACAUAUGCAAACACAUACAGAAUAUGAAAAAAAUUUUGGGGAAAUAGAGAUUUCCAAUACUAUUCUAGAUAGAAUAGUUAAUGUUCCUAGACAAAGUACCAAUGAAAUAAUGAGUAAUAGUGAGAAAAAUAUUAAACAAGAACCUCUUUCACAAGAAGAUAUCUCAUCAAAUGGAACAACUAGGGGAUCAAAUGAUAUAAAACAAGAAUAUAUAAAGAAUGAAAUAACUCCAAUAAUUCCAACACGAACCAAGAGAAAAAAAAUGCUGAACAUUUAAUGGAAUAUUACAUAUGAGAAAUGUCAUACUAAAUAUUUUAUUUUAUUUCUUAAAACCAUGAAAUGUUAAUUUAUUAAAAUUCAUAUAUAUAUA